AUGGCGCUCACUGAUGCAGACGUCCAAAAACAGAUAAAGCACAUGAUGGCCUUCAUCGAGCAAGAGGCCAGUGAGAAAGUGGAGGAAAUUGACGCCAAAGCUGAGGAAGAGUUCAACAUCGAGAAAGGUCGUUUGGUCCAAACGCAGAGGGUGAAAAUAAUGGAUUACUAUGAAAAGAAGGAAAAACAGAUUGAACAACAUAAGAAAAUCCAGAUGUCCAACUUGAUGAACCAAGCCAGGCUGAAGGUGCUGAAGGCCCGUGAUGACAUGAUCACGGAUUUGUUGAUUGAAGCCCGACAAAAACUUGCUGCGAUUGCUCAGGACCCUGGCAGGUACUCCACACUGCUGGAGGGGCUUAUCCUCCAGGGUUUCUACCAACUGCUGGAAGACAAAGUUGUCAUUCGCUGUCGAAAGCAGGACUCAGAGAUGGUUCAGGCUGCAGUUAACAGGAACAUCCCCAUCUACAAAGAAGCUGUCAAAAAAAAUAUUGUUGUCAAAAUCGACAUGGACCACUUUCUACCAUCGAGCAUCUGCGGAGGAGUGGAGGUGUAUAAUGACAAUGGCAAGAUAAAAGUAUCUAACACUUUGGAGAACAGACUAGAACUUCUAGCGCAACAGAUGAUGCCUGAAAUCAGAGUGUCCUUAUUUGGCGCCAACCCCAACCGUAAAUUUACAGAUUAA